AUGGCUGGCGUCGCAUACUACACUAUUGCAGGCCGACAGGUCGGCGGCCACUACCUCGCCAUGGGUGUUCUGGCUUCCAUCUUCGGCGGUGUCUACGCUGCUACUUCUGGUCCCAAGAAGCCUGCUGCUGCCAACAACACUCCUCCCAUCAAUGCCUCUAGCUCCGACGAGGCCGACUUCAUCAAGAAGUUCCUUGAGGAUGACAAGAAGAACUAA